AUGAAAAAGCCAAGAAGAAGUACUAGAAAAGAAAAAAAGGCAUUAGUAAUGUAUUUUACAAGCAAGAAAACCAAACAACAAAGUAAAUAUACCCACCCAAAACUGAAAAACCAAUUUCAAAUGAAAAAGCUAAGAAGAAGUAUCAGGAAAGAAGAAAAGAAGAAGUAUCAGGAAAGAAGAAAAGGUAUUAGUAACAUAUUUCACAAGCAAGAAAACCAAACAAAGUUAAUAUACCCACCCAAAACUGAAAGUCCAAUUCCAAGAGACCAAGAGAGAAAUACUGAAAAAGAAGAAUACCAAUUCCAAAUGAAGAAGCCAAGAAGAAGUAUCAAAAAAGAAGAAAAGACUAAUUCAAGAGACCAAGAGAGAAACACUAGGAAAGAAGAAUGUAUACCAAUUCCAAAUAAAGAAGCUAAGAAGAAAUACCAGGAAAGAAGAAAAGACAUUAGUAACAUAUUUCACAAGCAAAAAAACCAAACAAAGUUAAUAUAUCUACCCAAAAAUGAAAGUUCAAUUCCAAAAGACCAAGAAAGGAACACUGAGAAAGAAGAAUAUGCAUUAGUAAAUGUAUUUUCAAGCAAGAAAACCAAACAACAAAGUUAA